AAAAAAUUAAAAUUAAAAAAAGAAUACAGGCCUAUAUUCUUCCUAUUGCUCAAUUAUAGUCCAUAUUUUAGAGAGUUAGUAUCUGUAAUAAUGAUAGAACUGUGGUUACUCUACGAAACCUAAUGCCAUUUGUGUCAGGGGUAUUUCAUUGCUUUUCCCUGUCAGAGAAAGUAAAUGAAGGUUGAAAAAGAGUCAUGAUUAAUCGUAUAGUGAGAUAAUAUAUGCUUGCAUAUGCCAUUUCGAUGCUGUGUUGGGGAAUAUUUUAGGUAUGCUAUGGAUAGGCAGAUGGGGAUUUUUAAGUACAUAAACUGUAAGUCUGUCAGAUUGUUUAACUUACAUGAGAGAAAGAGGAGGAACAAUGCUAGGUUUUUACAUACAGAAAAAAUGUCAGCCUUAUAAACAUUCUUCUUUUGGCUGGGUAACAGUUUGUGGGUAGGUGCAACCCUCGAUUAUUAUUACUUGGGUACCUCAGGAUCUGAAAGUACUGGCCAGAAGGAAGUGUACAGGAAGUAGGUAGAAAGAUGUAUGGAAUAAACUAUUUGGUUGAAAAACAGGCAAAGGGAAAAAGUUAUCAAUAGUUUGAGAAAGGUCUUGGAAAUUAGGUUAUGUCUUCUUGAAAGCAAUGGCAGAAACAGAGGAUUUACUUGUUUGUGCCAUUCUCAUUCCAAAAAGGAUUAGAGACAGAGUAUCAAUAGAUGGGUUACUUAUGUUGGUAAUAGGGUUUUAGAUCAAGGUGAAUGGUGCGCGAGAAUGGGGAGAACCUGGUUUUCUAACUGCAAAGUUUUUUUCUUAACUUGAGCUCUGGACUUGCUGCCAUCUUCCAGGGGGAACUUGUUCAUCUCCUGAUUGAAGAGUAUAUACUUGGGCAGUUCCGUGGGAGACUGCAUGAUCUUUUCAAUUCCUCUCUCUAGUGUUAAUAUCAAAUGAGCAUUUUCAAUAAUAUUUACCAAGUCAUUCCAUUUAGGUUCCUGUAUCCUAGUGAAAAAUGUCAUGUCUCAAUAAUAGUCUGUUACAGGACAGCCAGUAGAGGGGACUUCAUGUUUUCUGCGGAUCGUUUGAUCAGACUUGUUGUGGAAGAGGGAUUGAAUCAGCUACCAUAUAAAGAAUGCAUGGUGACCACUCCAACAGGGUACAAGUAUGAAGGAGUGAAAUUUGAGAAGGGAAACUGUGGGGUCAGCAUAAUGAGAAGCGGUGAGGCAAUGGAACAAGGUUUACGAGACUGCUGUCGAUCCAUACGAAUUGGAAAGAUCCUGAUUCAGAGUGAUGAGGAGACACAAAGAGCCAAAGUAUAUUAUGCCAAGUUCCCCCCAGACAUUUACAGGAGAAAAGUCCUUCUGAUGUAUCCGAUUCUCAGCACUGGAAACACUGUAAUUGAAGCUGUAAAGGUUCUCAUAGAACAUGGAGUUCAACCUAGUGUUAUUAUCCUACUCAGUCUGUUCUCCACUCCUCAUGGUGCCAAAUCAAUCAUUCAAGAGUUUCCAGAGAUCACAAUUUUAACUACUGAAGUUCAUCCUGUUGCACCUACACAUUUUGGACAGAAAUACUUUGGAACAGACUAAGUUAUUGAAGGAAAAUUAUUCUAUUGUGUAAUAUUACAGUUAUGAGUUUCUACCUGUUUGACUAAUUCACUUGAGGAAUGACAUAGAAAAUCAUUUUAAAGAUACUUUGUAAGUUUUGGAAAUAGGUAUAUUAAAAGGAAAUACUUGAGGUUUGUUUUUUUAUUUAGCUAUUUCUUGACCGUUGGCACCAAAUUCAGCAAUGAAGCACACGCAGCUCUUCAAAAAUAUUUUAAUAAUGUUCUUAUGCAAAUUGCUGAUCCAUCAGUGCAUUAAACUGUUCCCUAAUUUAUGAACCUCAGUUUAGAGGUUGCUUGCAGCCACAAGUAAAACCCAAAUGGGAGUCAGUUCAUUGGCCCACUCUAGUUUGCAUUUUGUUUAGUUUGCUUUUAGUUCUAGGGAGAUUUCAUAUAUGUGGCUGUUGUCACCUUCCUCUACUCUUUACUUCCUAGUACAAUACACACUGGUAACUUGGAGAGGAUGAAUAAAGAAUGCCUCAUAUAAUUUUACGUUUCCAUUAGUGUCCUUACUCAGUUGGCAGAUCCAGGGUAUACAGUUAGCUCUUCGUUCAAGCCAUUAUGUUCUUCAUGGCUCACUUCCUACCAUGUGCAUUGUUGGUAGGUGCCUUGUCAAGUGUAAUGCAGUGAAGACGAUGGUGGGGCAUUCCAGCAACUGGAAAUGUAACACUAAUUGCUCAGAUUGAACCAGGGAUGUCUGGAUGUUGACAAGGGAGGGCUAAAUACUGUUAAUGCCAUCAAUGACCUAGAAAUGAAUUGGUGGUGAUUUUUCUGAGGUGUGGGGGAAUGGAUGGUUUAUUGCUGGGCGUAUGGCCAAUAAGUAAAUUAAAAUGCUUCAUUUUUGUGUUUUCAUAUAAAUUGUGAAAUUUUUUGUUCUAGUUCUGUGAAAAAUGCCAGUGG